GACAUUUAUUAGCAACAUGGAACGAGGAAUGCGACUUAAUUUAUUGAAUUGUGCGAGGAAAUUCAGAACGAGGGCGACUUGCUUUCUGUGGUGGGGCCGUGGAGGACUUGUAGCAGUGCAUGACAGGCAGUCAACUCUUGAAACGGAGAAUUGUUAAUGAAUCCCUAUAAUAAAGUUUGGUCGUUAUGUGAUUAAACAAUCCCUGCAACUGCUGUGGUUAUGCGAGUGAGUUUGAUCAGCAAGAAAACAGUUUUGUUUGAGAUAGCUGAAAAGUAACUAGUUACCGAAUCCUAUGGCCUUCAUAGCGGUUGUGUUGUUCAUGUUAAUGUUAUUGGCAAAAGAAGGCACAGGUGAAAGCAUGAUUGAGGUGGGGUCUUUGCUCUCUGCUGGAGGCAAUGACAGUUCAUGGGCAUCAAGUUCUGGCCAUUUUGCUUUUGGGUUUUACGAGCAAGGUGAUGGCUAUGCUGUUGGAAUAUGGUUGGUUGGUGCUCAAAAAACUAUUGUCUGGACAGCUGACCGGGAUAGCCUUCCACUCUCCUCCAAUUCCUCCUUGAACCUCACCACGACUGGCCUGCAGAUUUUCCCGAGUCCAAGGGAAGGCCAAGAUCCCAUCAUUUCAAGUUCUACAACAGUAGCUUCUUCAGCUUCUAUGCUUGAUUCUGGCAACUUUGUGCUCUAUGAUGAGAACGACACUGUUGUCUGGCAAAGCUUUCAUCAUCCAACUGACACCAUAUUAGGAGGUCAGAAUUUAACUAGCAACGCCAAUCUGGUUUCUAGUGUGUCCAAAUCAUACCAUUCUAGUGGACGUUUCUUUCUUGGCAUGCAAGGUGAUGGAAACCUGGUUGCUUACCCUGUCAACAGCCCAGCAACUCCCUUGGAUGCUUACUGGGCUUCAAAUACUUAUACUUCAAAUGACCAACUCAGUCUUGACGUUUCAGGCUUUCUUUGCCUCAGCAGCCAUCCAUGUUUUAACGGUAACAUCAGCCACGGAAAGCAAUCACACAACAUGAGUUCAAUCUACCGUGCAACACUUGAUGUAGACGGGAACUUGAGAUUGUAUGAGCACCAAUUUGAGGGCAAUGGAAGCUCACAUGUCCAAAUACUGUGGAGCACCUCGCUUGAGAAAUGUCAAAUCAACGGGGCUUGUGGGUUUAACAGUUACUGCUCAAACGUAACAGGCGAAGCCGUGUGUGAGUGUUUUCCUAGUUUCGUCCCCUCCAAAAGUAGGCAUGAGGGUAACGCGUCUCUGCCUCUGGACUGCGUGCUGGUCCACGCAGAAGAUGGUUGCCAAAGCAGUGAAGACCCAACGCGUAUGUAUAAUGUCACCGAGUUGGAGAAUAUGCAUUGGGGUGGUGCUAUUCCAUAUUCUGUCGCACCGUUGAAGAAGGAAGAGUGCCAGAAGUCUUUCCUGGAAGAUUGUGAUUGCAUGGCAGUUUUAUAUUCCGACGGCAACUGCAACAAAUACAGACUCCCGCUAGCAUAUGGCAGACGCAGAACGGUUCAAGAUUCAGUAACCGUGGCCUUCUUCAAGGUGCCUUCGGGAAUUGUCACUCCAAACAACUCCACACAGAAACCUGGGACUAGGGUCGUCGUGGAUAACAAGACGAGACUUAUAAUGAUUAUAGCCUUUACUUUGGGUUUCAUUUCAUUGUUAUCUUUGGUACUUGCGCUGUUCGUUUUCUUCACUUAUAAACGGCAAGUUUAUAGGUAUACAACGUUGUCUGCAAGUGAGGGUCUGGGAUUUACUGAAGAAUGUUCUUUGCGUUCAUUUUCUUUUGAUGAACUUGAGAAAUUCACUGGAGGCUUCACGGAAGAAAUAGGCAGAGGAUCAUUUGGGGCGGUUUAUAGAGGCACAACAGGUGAUAGUAAAAGAAGUAUCGCCGUCAAGAGAUUGGAGAGAAUUGUUGAUGAAGGGGAGAGGGAAUUCCGAACUGAGAUUACUGCCAUUGCUAGAACACAUCAUAGAAAUUUGGUUAAGCUCAUUGGCUUUUGCAUCAACGGAUCUAGGAAGCUUAUUGUUUACGAAUACGUCAGCAAUGGGUCUCUUGCAAAUCUUCUGUUCAAUGAUGAGAAGCACGUAGCUUGGAGAGAGAGACUAAAAAUCGCAUUGGACGUUGCCAGAGGAGUCCUAUAUCUACAUGAAGAGUGCGAAGUCCGAAUUAUUCAUUGCAAUAUAAGUCCUCGGAAUAUACUUAUGGAUGAAGCGUGGACUGCAAAGAUCUCUGAUUUUGGAUUGGCAAGGCUUUUAAAGACGGACCAUUCGAGAAUAAAAAGAGAGAAUGACGAGGCAAGCAAGUACUUGGCACCUGAAUGGCAGAAGGAUGCACAAAUAUCAGUAAAAAUUGACAUUUACAGUUAUGGGAUGGUACUAUUGGAGAUUGUGUGUCGCAGAAGCACCAUAGAAAUGAAUGUUUCCUCAGCAGAGGAGAUACUUCUUUCCAGCUGGGUUUAUCAAUGCUUUGCAGCAGGGCAGUUAAAUAAACUUGUUACAGAAGAUGAAGAUGUAGAUUGGAGGAUAAUGGAAAGAAUGGUGAAGGUGGGGUUGUGGUGUGUGCAAGAUGAUCCGAAUCUUCGUCCUUCAAUCAAGAAUGUCAUCUUGAUGUUAGAGGGAUUGAAAAUUAUUCCAAUUCCUCCCUCUCCAGCCCACCUCUCUAAAAAGUAUUCUUAGCAACGCAUUUUUCCAUUUAUAACUUAUCCCUGUAUGCAUGUUCAGUAUA